UUUCCUCCAAACUUUAAAUCAAAUACAUGAAGCCAAAUGCAGUCUCAUUUCUUUUCCCUGAUUUAAACGAGCAAAUUCCUGAAGAGUUAUCCGCCAAAGCCGACCUUUUGAGCCCAGAGCCCAAAAUGACCUUUCUGGGAAUUAAGGUAAGUGAAGAGGAUCAGUUGCUGUUGCAUAGUAUAGCUCUCGUCACGUCACCAGCCGCUUCUUGUACCCUUGAUUCUUGCUAGUGCAGAAGCUCUCGAAGUUUUUGGGUUCUGGGUUCCAACAAAAAUGUUGUGACAGACAAGAUGUUGAUGUUUAUCCCGCGAGAUAUUUGUUGUUCCGGUUCUCAAAAAUCAGGCACUCAAGAUGUUUGAUUCUUGUCCCACGAGACUUCUCUCGCUUUUCUUUUGGUGAAUUAACAAAAUUUCCCGUUUUAUUUGAUUUCUGUUUAAUCUUAAUCUGCUUGCACUUUCAUCAUCGCUUGAUGUUUUCCAGCAGAAUCUACUCUGUAAGUGCCUUUCUUAAGAAAUUUACCCUGCAAUCAUGCAAUUUUUCGGUAACCACCCGGAAGCUGAACAAGGUGUCGUUGUAUCUGCAAAGGGCAAAGCUCAUUGAUUCGAUAAGGCUGUGUCUGCGCUCGAAUGUAGCAGAAAGCUCCCUUCUUAACAUUUUAAGCUGUCCUUCAUUGGACUCGUUUGUUGUGUCCAAUGCGCUUCGAUCAGCCCCCUCAGCGGGCUCUGCUCUAUAUUUGGUUGAAACUCUUAAAAAGGUUAAAGAUUUUUCUCAUUCUCAAGAUACCCUUCACGCAUUGGCCAAGAUUCUCGCCAAAUCUGGGCAAAUAGGUAAACUUGAAGCGUUGAUUGAUGCGAUUAAUUCUGGAAAGUUCGUAAAUGUGGCGUAUAUUAGUUUCAUGGAUCGCAUGCGGUGGUAUGCAGAGGCAGGUGAUCUGAAUUCGGUUACCGGUGUUUGGGACGAGUGGAGGAGAACCUUGGAUAAGCAUCCUUGUACGGAGUCCUAUAAUAUCGUAAUGAAACUUUGUAUUGAGAAGGGCAGGGAUACAGAGGCUGUGAAGGUGUUCUGUAGGAUGAUUGAGGAAGGGGCAAUUCCCAAUUGUCGAACUUAUACAGUUAUUAUUCAGCACCUCCUUAAGUUUGGGAAAUUAGAUUCAGCUGUGGAACUCUUCCAAAUGCUGCCACUUAUGAGAAUUAGACGUACACUAAAGCAAUAUUCAAUGUUGGUUGAAGCUUUUACUGGCGCUGACAGGUUAGAAGUUGUCAAGACUUUGCUUAGUGAGAUGCAAACUGAUGGGAUAUUGCCUGGUCGAGCUAUGCUAUUAUCUUUGCAGCGGAUGAAAGAGGCAGGCUUUGCAGAUGAGACGGAGGAAUUAAUUAGGGAAAUGAUGCCAGAUGAGAGGAUAAAAAGUAUAGGUUAUUCCAUAGUCAGUCCUGAAGAUGAUGUUGAUGUUGAGGAUGAGGACGAGGGUGCUGGUAGUCAUCUUGAAGGCAACAAGGAUGAUGUUCAAUUGAAACCAUGGCUGGAUCCAGCUGCUUUGGCCAGUACCUUGAAACAUUGGGAACCUGAAGAGGUGUCAGCACUAGAAGAUGCAAACUUAUUGUGGACUAGUCGGUUAGUCUGCAAGUUAAUUAGGAGUUUCAAAUCACCUGAAACUGCAUGGCAGUUCUUUUGCUGGGUUGCCCAUCAGCCUGGAUUUGUUCAUGAUAUUUACACGAUAUCAAGGAUGAUUACCAAGUUGGCUCGCCAUGGAUGUGUGCAAUUGGUUGAUCAACUCUUAUGUAAGGUAAGACAUGAAGGUAUGAUAUUGUCAUUCAGCACCAUCAGAUUGAUUAUUGAUUUUUAUGGCUUUUCAAGGAAGGGUGAUGCAGCUUUAAACAUUUUCCGUAAUGUCAAGACAAUGUGUGGCCCUUUGUCAAAGAGUAGCCUGCUGAUUUUAUUUUCAUCUCUCUUGAGGACAUUGGCAAAGUGCCAGAUGAAUACUGAAGCGUCUGAUAUACUCGAGGAGAUGAUUUUACUUGGGAUUUGUCCAGAUUUACAGACAUUUUCUGGAUUGAUGCAUCAUUAUGCACUCCAAGGUGAUAUUAAAACUGUGCAAAGACUCUUUGGAAUGGUAAGACAGAGUGGUCUGGAGCCUGAUGCUUACAUGUACAAGAUUCUCAUCUGCGCUUAUUGCAAGUGUGAAAGAGCUUCUCUUGCACUAAGGAUUUUCGAGGAUAUGAGGAACUCAAGAUUAAUGCCUGAUGCUGCCACUAAACAGUUACUUGUGAAGAGCCUGUGGAAGGAAGGCAAGCUCCGAGAGGCAGCUCAAGUAGAAGAGUUAAGUGAGGAAACUUGUGACAACAUUCCACUUGCUUUGCCAGGGCACUUGUAUACUGUGAGCACUGCAGAUCUUAUGAGGGUGUAUAAAAUGUAUUCCAGUAGUUUUACAGAAAGUCCCAUCAAACAAAUAUAUGGAGACAGGAACCACGGUGUCAGCAUGAAGAGAUACUUCUCGUGACAGAAUUUGAAGUUUUGUUAAGUCCAGAAUCAACUUGCACAGAAUUUACAUGGUCGGCAGGCUCACCAUUGUCGUGCAAUACAUAUGUUACAUAUCGUGCAAGACAGCCCUAUUCUGAUCUUGGAAGUAUAUCUGAUCUGUUUGGAAUAAGCAGAAUGGAUAUAGCAUCAGCC